GGUGCAGCAGCGAAAGUGUUGCAGCUGUGUGAGAGGGUCUAUUUUUGGGGCGAUUGUGCGGCGCUGGUGCUGCCACAUGUGUUCUGUGUUGGGCUGCUAAAAGGCAUUGUAAUGAGAGCAGAAAAUAGAAUUGACUCCACUUGAGCAAUGUCCCAUAAAGCGGGAGUUUCGAGUUUGGCGCGCAAUGUGCCGCACCAGCAAACGAACAAUCCAAAAACACAACCAGUAACACAUGGGCCCACGAGUUAUGUUUUAUUUUUAAUCCUAAAAAGAGUCGAUCUCCAAAACAAACCCGCAGAGAGCACAUAUAAAGACGUGGUGGACGAGUGGUUCGAAACAGUCUUCCGCCGCAGCUCGACGCGCUCGCAUAUCGGGAAUAUAUAGAUCGGAGAUAUCGCAGGACCCACAGCAGAGCAGAGCCACCAACCUCGAUGGGCGUCAUCUACAAGAUACUGAAGCAGCAACGCAGCAUGGAUCUCAGCCUGAGCUCGGCCACCAGGUGCAAGGUGCAGGCGGCCAUCAAACAGCGCCAGCAGCAGCGCCGCCUGGAGGAUCACAUGGUGGAGGAGCGGGAUCGGGAUCGGGAGCGGGAUCAGGAGCCGGAUCAGGAUCAGAACCAUGUCCAGAAUCACAUCGACAAGGAUAAGGAGGAGCUGGCCGAGCAGCAAUUGCAGCAGCUGUGCAGAUUUCUAGCCGAGAAUGCCGCGCGAAAAAAGCGUCAGCGUUUCAAGCUGCAGCAGUACCAAUGCAAUCUGGCCGUCGAUCAGGAUAACGAUCAGGAGCAGAUGCCGGAGAAGCAGCACUUCGCAGCGGCGCCGCACGAGAUGGACCUGGAGUUCAUAGAGCAGCUGCAGCAAUCCUCGCCCGCCAAGUCCCAUGGAGCAACUGGGCAGGCACCACGUGAUAGCAUCCUGCUGAAGAUUCGCCACCAGAUCUUCGAGAGAAAGCGACAGAGGCAGCGCCAGUUGGCGGAGCUGGUGCAGCAGCGAAUGGUGGUAUGGCGACCUUGGUAGCGGGAUUCCCAAGGAGAAAGUGCGAGAGGGAGAUAGCUAGAAAGUUAGAGAGAGAGAGAGAGAAAUCCGGGAACUGAGACUAGUCUAAGGGUUAGCUUUAAGGACGCAUUCGGUAUUAUUCCUGCUGCUGUGUGAUGAUCGCGCUGCUCUUCCAUUUUCCCACGCCUCUGCAAACCGACUUUAUUUUUUUUCCUGUUAAUAAUAGUUAUGUAAUAAAGAGUUUUUUGGAAAUAUUA